AUGGCGAAAUCCUACCUCGAGCCUCUGCUCGCUUUCUCCGGUCAUGCGUUCGCCGACGCGCGCUUGAAGCUCGUGCAAAGUCUCAGCGACGAUGAACUCCGUACUCUACUCCAGGACGGCUUGAAGCGCUGCACCACCCGCAAAACACUUGAGCAAUUGAGCAACAGAAUGCUUCAUCACAUCGACGCAGAACAGAGCGCGACGUCCGAGUUGACUGCCACAAAAAACAGCCUUCAGCAUCCUAUACGACCUCAACAUACACCCACUCGCGACGCGCACGAUCCCGCAAGAUCUGGCACAUCAUCGCAGAGAAUCCAACCCAAAAGGAAGGCUGCGGAAAACGCAGAUCACUUCGACGUCCGACUUCACAAAGUGGCCGCGCUGAGCGCGGCCAAUGACGGUAUCAAAGGAGAAGAAGAAGAUGACGAUGAAGACUGGGAGGGUACGACCGCGAAACAUGGCCACGACCUACAAGAUGAGACCCCCGCAGACGCCAGCGCCGACAUCAAUGUCAUCGACAUACGCCCCACAACCUUCACUGUACCAAAGAUGAGGAUAGGUGCAUGGGUUAUCGACAUUUUUGGGAAGGAGGAAUGGCGGCCCCUUGGCGACCUUGGAUUGGGUGGCAGUAUCCAUGCAAGAUUCCUGACGGACUUUGCUUUCAACCGACCCAAGCGUGCGGCAUAUGGAGCGAUGGCUAGGAACGCAGCACGCUAUAAAACCGAGGGUAAAUGCGUCAACAUCGCCAUCUGGCAGAGGGGGUGUGCUCACUCUGCUUUCGAGAAGGCUCAUGGAAACGAGCAUAGGGCUUGCGACACCUGCAUUCGCACAAAGCGCCUAUGUGUACGAGUCGUAGCUGAUGGUUCCGGUACAAAGCUCUGCGUCUUCCCGCUACCUGAAGUGCUCCGUGAAGGCAAGACGCUGAAUUCCAUUGCUGUUUGGGUCAUGGGAGGAUAA